UUUCUAUAACGAAGAGAUGUGUCUAAUAGAGAAUGAACUAAACUUGGAAUCUUGAUCGGAAGAGGGUCCAUAUGUGUAUAGUUUUCCACAAAGCUUGAAACAUGAUUCAUAGCCAUUAGUGGAGGGACCAAUAGAAAACCAAAAGAAGAAAAAGAAUGGAAAACACUUUCACUAUUUAAUGUGGUGUAAAAUAGAACAUGCAUGGCACCAUUCACAUGCAUGUUUAUCUAUCUAUACAUGUCAUGCUAUAAGUUUUGAUAUUAAAAGCGACCCACCCACAAGACAGCCUUUUCAUGCACACACGCAAAGAUAAAAAGGCAACGAUCAUGGCUAUCAAAAAGCCCCUCUCACUCUCUCAACUUUCACAAUCUAAAGCAAAGAACAAUAGUAACUCAAUUCAAUACAACAACAACAACAACAAAAUCAUCAUCAUAACAAUAACAUCACCUUUCUCCCAUAGCCAGCAAUGAGAGUUCCUCCUCCUGCUGUUUCUUCAUCUUCAUCGACAUCUUCAUCACCGCAACAACCAAAAGUCACUACUCAAAACAUCCUCGUUCCGGCUUCCAAUAACCCGACAACAACAACAACAACCACCACCACUACUGCCACCUUGUGCUACGAACCACGGUCUGUCCUCGAACUUUGUCGUAGUCCUAGCCCUGAAAAGAAACCAACCCAACAAGAACAACAUCAACAUAAUAAUAAUAAUAACGAAGUGGAAGAAGAAGAAGAUCAUGCUUCCUUGCCUAAUUUGGAUUGGUGGGAUUCCAUCAUGAAAGAUUUGGGUUUACAAGACGACUCUUCAACUCCCAUAAUACCUCUUUUGAAAAAUACCAAUAAUACCCCUGAAAUUUACCCUAACCAUUCUCAAGACCAAUUUGAUCAAACUCAAGAUUUCACUUCUCUCUCAGAUAUUUACUCUAAUAAUCAAAACCUGGCCUAUAAUUACCCAAACACAAACAUUAAUCUGGAUCAUUUAGUUCAUGAAUUCAAUCAUAAUAACCAACCAAACAACAACAAUAACAACAGUAAUUGGGAUUUCAUCGAAGAGCUUAUUCGUGCCGCGGAUUGUUUCGAUAACAAUAAUCUUCAAUUUGCUCAAGUGAUACUAGAGCGGCUCAAUCAACGGUUAAGAUCACCUACCGGUAAGCCGCUACACCGAGCGGCUUUUCAUUUCAAAGACGCUCUUCAAUCUCUUCUCUCCGGUUCAAACCGGACUAAUCCACCUCGUCUUUCAUCCAUGGUGGAGAUUGUGCAAACCAUAAGAACGUUCAAGGCCUUUUCUGGAAUUUCACCAAUUCCAAUGUUUUCAAUUUUCACAACUAAUCAAGCUUUACUUGAAGCACUUCAUGGAUCGUUAUUCAUGCACGUUGUUGAUUUUGAAAUUGGACUUGGAAUUCAAUACGCUUCUCUUAUGAAAGAGAUUGCUGAAAAAGCUGUUAACGGUUCGCCGUUGCUUCGUAUCACCGCCGUCGUGCCGGAGGAGUACGCCGUUGAAAGUAGGCUUAUUCGUGAGAAUCUGAAUCAGUUUGCGCAUGACCUUGGGAUUCGUGUUCAGGUUGAUUUUGUGCCGUUAAGGACUUUUGAAACGGUGUCGUUUAAAGCUGUGAGGUUUGUUGAAGGUGAGAAAACUGCGAUUCUGUUAACACCGGCGAUUUUCUGUCGCCUAGGAUCCGACGGUACUGCCGCGUUUCUUUCCGAUGUUCGGAGGAUAACUCCUGGUGUGGUGGUUUUUGUCGACGGCGAAGGAUGGACGGAGGCAGCUUCGGCAGCGUCAUUUCGCCGCGGAGUUGUGAAUAGCUUGGAGUUUUAUUCGAUGAUGCUGGAGUCGUUAGAUGCUUCGGUGGCGGCCGGAGGUGGAGGAGAGUGGGCGAGGAGGAUCGAGAUGCUUCUGCUUCGACCGAAGAUUAUUUCGGCGGUGGAAGCUGCUGGAAGAAGAACGACGCCGUGGAGAGAGGCGUUUUACGGCGCGGGAAUGAGGCCGGUGCAGUUGAGUCAGUUUGCGGAUUUUCAGGCAGAGUGUUUGUUAGCGAAGGUACAAAUCAGAGGCUUCCACGUGGCGAAACGACAGGCUGAGUUGGUGCUUUUUUGGCAUGAGAGGGCCAUGGUUGCCACGUCAGCUUGGCGUUGUUAGAAGAAGCAUAGUAGAAAAUAAGAAAACAGAAAAAAAAUUAUAAGAUGUGAACUUUUAUCAUGAAGCUCACAUUAGCAAGAAUUAAUGUAAUUUUAACUUUAAUUUAGUUUUUUUUUUUAAUUAUGUAAAAGUAAAGAUAUUAAAAGAAGAAAAAAAAAAAACCUGGGAAAUGGGAAAAACAAAGACUCUUAAUUUUUGCUGUGUAUUUUGAUUUGUAUUUUGUACUAUAGAUGAUGAUAAAGAUAAAUUAGGGGGAGGGGUGUGCCUAUCUAAUUUGUUAGAAAAAGAGCUAUGUAAGUCUUUAUGCUCAUAGUUCAAUCUUGUUAUUAUGAGAAAAUAAAUAAUGUGGAAUGGAAUGGUGUAUCAUGAAGCUCA